GUAAGAGAUAUAUAUAUAUAUGUAUAUAUAUAUCCGAUAGAAGAGAAAUUAUUUGAUCAUCCUAUACUGCUCUCUUCUCAAAGCUGGGAUUUUCGCAUCUUGUCAAGAAAUUACGUAAUCAGUUUGUAGGCUGCUAUGUUUCACAACUGUAAUGGAUUCUGAAGCAGAUUUCAUAAGCGAUUUGCCACAAAACAUUAUUGAGACUAUCCUGACUAAACUUCCAAUAGAAGAUGCUGUAAGAAGUAGUCUUUUAUCGAGUACAUGGAGGUACAGAUGGGCUAACCUUACCGACAUUGUUAUUGAUGAUGCAUGUGCUGGACUGUCAACUGAGAAAGGUCUGAUUGAGGAGAAGGUUGUAAAGUUCAUUACCCAUUUCCUUUUCCUUCACAACGGACCGAUUCAUAAGUUCUCUUUAUCUAGUAUGUACUUGCAAAAUUCCCCUGAUGUUGAUCAAUGGCUUCUCUUCCUGUCGAGAAAAGGUAUCAAGGAAUUAGUUCUUGAAUUGGGAGAAGGUGAAUGGUUUAGAGCUCCAUCUUGUCUUUUUGCUUGUCAAAAGCUAACCCGUUUGGAACUAAUCCGUUGCGAAUUGGACCCGCCUCCAAAUUUCAGAGGUUUCUCAUGUCUGAAAUACCUAAAUCUUCAACAAGUUCUGAUUUCACCUGAAAUGGUUGAAAGUCUCAUCUCAAAUUGCCCACUUCUCGAAAACCUGACCUUGUCGUAUUUUGAUAGUUUAGCACUAACUGUCCGUGCUCCAAAUCUUAAACACUUAUGUCUUGAAGGGGAAUUUAAGGACAUAUGGCUUAAAGAUACACCCCGUUUAGUUUCUAUAUCGGUUGCUAUGUAUAUGACUGAUGAUAUUGCUGAGCGUUUUGAGCAAAGUUCAAGUUGCAAUUUCGACAAGGUUCUUGGUGGUGUUCCCUGCCUUGAAAGUCUCAUUGGCCAUAUUUACUUUACCCAGUAUUUGAGUCUUGGGAAUAACAUGAAAAGAAUUCAAAUCUAUCAUCAUCUCAAAAUCAUUGAAUUGUAUCAAGUCAGGUUUGAAGACAUGAAAGAGAUACUUGUUGUUCUCCAGCUGAUCAUGAACGCGCCGAAUUUGCAAGAGCUUAAAAUCUCGGGUUCUUCAAAUACUACAAUGGCGACACAAGCUCCUGAUUUGGACUUUUGGAAGAAUGAGUCAUUGGAUUGUACAUUCGGACAACUUCAUACAGUGAGGAUGUCGGAUAUGUCCGGGGUACCACAUGAGAUGCAAUUUAUCAAAUUUUUGCUUGGGAAUUCGCCGGUUCUUGAGAUAAUGAGUAUUGCUCCUAGCACUUAUGUUACAGAUGGAAGGAUGCAUAUGUUGGUCGACUUGCUUAGAUUCAAACGUGCUUCUGCACUUGCAGAAAUUAUAUAUAAUCGCGAUUAGCUUUUACUUCUCCAAAAUAAAAAUAUUGCAUCUCAUGUGGAGAAAAAACCUUUUUGUUCUUGUUUGUUUUCCCAUAGCUACAUGUUUCUAUUUCUUUAGACUCAUAAAAGCAUUAAGUCUCAAUGUUUAUGGACUACAGAUUGUUAGGAAAUGCAAUAUCUAUAUUUUGUAAUA